GGCGACCAUGGACCCCCUGACUUCAGCCAACACAGCCUUUGCACUGGAGCUGUUCAGCGCCCUGAGCCAAGAGGACCCCACAGCCAACUUAUUCUUCUCGCCCUUCAGCGUGUCCUCAGCCUUGGCCAUGGUACUAUUGGGCACACGUGGCAGCACCGAGGCACAACUGGCAAAGACUCUUCAUUUGGACACAGUGAAGGAGAUUCAUUCGAGAUUCCAGAGCCUGAACUCCGAUAUCAAUAAGAGUGGCACUUCCUACAUCCUGAAGGUUGCCAACAGGCUAUAUGGAGAGAAGACCUACAAGUUCCUCCCUGAGUUCUUGGAUUCAACUAAAAAAAUGUAUGGUGCUGAGCUGGCCAGCGUUGACUUCCAGCAUUCUUUUGAAGAGGCCAGGCAGGUGAUCAAUGAGUGGGUCAAAGGACAGACAGAAGGGAAAAUCCAGAAAAUGUUGGCCGCAGGGCUGGUGGACAGCACGACCAAACUGGUGCUGGUGAAUGCCAUCUACUUCAAAGGGAAGUGGCAGCAGGAGUUCUUCAGAGAGGCCACCGAGGAAACUACAUUCAGGCUGAAUAAGAAAGACACCAAGAAGGUGAUGAUGAUGUCUCAGCUGAACAGAUUUCGCCAGGGCUACAUCAGGGACCUCAAAGUCCGAGUGUUGGAGCUUCCCUACCAGGACAAGGAACUCAGCAUGGUCAUCCUGCUGCCUGACGACAUUGAGGAUGCGACCACGGGCCUCCAGAUGAUCGAGAAGCAGAUGACUUUGGAGAAACUGAGCGAGUGGACGAACCCUCAGAACAUGUCAGUUAGGGAGGCUAAAGUCUACCUGCCCAGGUUCAAGCUGGAGAAGAAGUACACCCUCAACUCCCACCUUGCCCAUCUGGGCCUGACCCAGCUUUUUGAUCCUAUCCAGGCUGACUUGUCCGGCAUGUCGGGAUCCACAGACCUUUUCCUGUCCAACAUUGUGCAAAAGUCCUUCUUGGAGAUGAAUGAGGAGGGCACAAAAGCAGCAGCUGCCACAGCUGCUAUCACUGUAGCCAAAAAAUGCAGGGUGUUAUGUGUAGAGUUCAAGUGUGACCAUCCCUUCCUCUUCCUCAUCUGUCACAAUGCCUCCCGCACCAUCCUCUUUCUGGGCAGGUUUACUUCCCCGUAA